GUUGACGACCCAGGCUUUGUGCGACAAUCCCCUCAUCGGCAGGUCGCGUGCGAUAGGGAUUGGGAUUUGGAUUUGGAUAGAGAGGCAGCAAGAAGGCAAGCAAAGCACUCUCAGACAGCUCGGCCGCGCCCUCCCAGCCCACUCUUUCGGCCGAUGGCUUCCCUCUCCGCCGUGGGCCUUCUUCCCCUGCCCUUUUCCAACUCCCCCAAACCCCCACCCAAACCUUCCCUCUCCUUUUCUUUCCGCCACUCUCCAGCGUUUCUGGGGGGCAUUCCAAGCAGAAGCAGAAGCAGAAGCAGGAGCAAAAGCGCUUCUCGGCCCAUCUCCUCUCGGGUCUUCGCGUCUUCUGAGCUCCUCGACCCGCAGGAACUGGAUGCACCUCAAGACUACUUGGCAGACUCGCAGGUUCCCGAGACUUCUCUGCUUUCAUCUGAGGCUGCGGCUGACAACAUUCCACCAAAGCAGAAAAUACGAAUCAAAUUAAGGUCAUACUGGGUCCCCCUGAUUGAGGACUCAUGCAAGCAAAUACUAGAUGCUGCUAGAAACACUAAUGCUAAGACUAUGGGACCCGUUCCUUUGCCUACCAAGAAGCGAGUUUAUUGUGUGCUCAAGUCACCCCAUGUUCACAAGGAUGCACGCUUUCACUUUGAGAUUCGGACCCAUCAACGCCUGAUCGACAUCUUGUAUCCCACUGCCCAAACAAUCGACUCACUCAUGCAGCUCGAUCUCCCUGCUGGGGUUGAUGUGGAAGUCAAGCUAUGAAUCUCAAGGCCAUUCAACAUCCGUGAAUUGGUUCUCGUCUCUUCCCUUUUGAAGCUGAGGCAUGCAUUAAGUAGACAAUAAAUGAGCAGCUAUUGUCGCCAGCAAAGGCAGUUCAUGAUUGCUCGUUCCGUGUGGUUGUUUGGAAGCUCUGUUGUUCAUUCCUCCACAAAGUUGAUUUUAUCUCCUCAGCUAUUUGGAUUUGCCAUGUAUUUAAUGCUCCGACUGGCUUGUUAUUUUCAUAUUCACCAACAGAGAGGCAGCUGUACUUCCUGUGAUCUAUUUACUAAAAAGUUGAAACGAGUUGGAUGGUUCAUUUUUUUGAAUUUUGUUUCUUGAA